AUGGCUAGGCCAAUUAAUUCAAACACUGAAACGGAAUCGAGAGGCAGGCCCACUCAAAGCGGUGGUUACGCAAAUAACAACAAUGGCAGCAAUAAUAACAAUAAUAAUAACAAUAAUAACAGCAACAACAGUAAUGGGCCUACUUCCAGCGGGAGAGCCAAUGGGAAGCAAAGGCUAACAGCCGCACAACAGCAGUACAUUAAGAAUCUCAUAGAGACACAUAUCACCGACAACCACCCUGAUCUACGUCCUAAGAGCCACCCGAUGGAUUUCGAAGAGUAUACGGAUGCGUUUCUGAGAAGGUACAAGGAUCAUUUUCAAUUGGACGUGCCGGAUAACCUGACGCUGCAGGGAUACAUUUUGGGCUCCAAAUUGGGCGCAAAGACUUAUUCAUACAAGAGAAACACACAGGGGCAGCACGAUAAAAGGAUACACAAGAGGGACCUGGCUAACGUGGUGAGAAGGCAUUUCGAUGAGCAUUCCAUCAAAGAGACUGACUGCAUACCGCAAUUUAUAUAUAAGGUAAAAAACCAGAAGAAGAAAUUCAAGAUGGAAUUUCGGGGCUGA